UACAGGGACAUGGAGCCUUUCAAUAUUGAGCGCGGCAAGUCAGGCACCUCAUGAUCUGAUCCUCUGAACAUGACAAAUCAGUUCUCAAUGGAUAUAAUUAGCCCCCGAUGCUUCCCCCUUUCCUCGUAUGCUCUCCAGAGAUCUAUAGAUCACAUUCAUUCAGAAUAGUCACCAGCAUUUUCUCCACAAACUCUUUCGUUUAAGCAACAAAAAUGCAUCUCUUCUCAGUCUCUAUCUUACUCGGUUCAGCCUGCUCUGUUCUUGCUGAGCUAUCAGCUGGGCAGCGCAUAAGCUUGACGGCAUUAAAGUCAAUCGUCGAGCGGCAGAUACAAUUGUGUACACCAGUCCCACCACCAUAUACCUGCGAACAUUCCUGCGGUCCAGGAAACAUUGAAUGCAUCUCAUUCCCCACCUGCUACAAUCCAAGUGCUGGGGAGACCUGCUGUUCCAAUGGAGAUUACUGCCCGAAGGGAUACUUCUGUACAAAUGCAGGCUGCUGUCCUAACGGGUCUUCACUCGCAGAAUGCGGUGCAGCCUUUACCUUGAGCAUCAUUCCACCUCCCACCGGAUCGCCUAGUUCUCCCAGCCCAUCGUCUACGAGCUCUGCGGUCACUACAAGUAGCUCUUCUAGCUCUAAUUUGACUCCCCCUCCUUCUUCGACCCCGACUCCGACUACCCCAGCCAGUCCAACCACUCCCUCGGCAUCCGAGUCACCUAGUCCGACGAAAGCAUCUCCAACAACUACACCCAAAAUUGCAACACCUUCUUCGAAUUCGACGAGUACGUCAACGCCGGCCGUUUCAACUGUACAACCGGGUGCGGCUGGAAAGACGUUUAGUUUCAAUGUCAUUCACGUAGCUCUCGGUUGGUUUGGUGUGCUCAUUUUGGUGCUGUAAAUAAAUCUGCAUUGGAAACUCGGGAAUGACGUAUAAUUUCGGAAAGGAAAGAUAUGAUGCAGAACAUCAGGAGUCAGCAUUCAGGUCAUGGGCCUCGUUGAAAUAGGCACUACCAACACACAAUGAAAGUUCCUCCAAGAUAUAAUGCUAUCCUCUGUAAAAUUUCAAGUCUUCUGACCGAACAUGCUUUUUAGAUUUUCGGGAGCUGCCGGGUCCACGGGGGAUCUAUAAGUUGACCGAGGUCUUUGGAACCCAAGAGGAUCUCGUUGGAACCAUUCCAAUCCCAACACGUUAUAUUACCCAUG